AUGUGCGGGCGAUACGCCCUUGGUGUGCGAAUGGCCUUUGUGCGACAGCGUCUACAGCAACAGGGAAUGCAAGUCGACGAGGUGCCCGAAGAUGAUGAGAUACGGGAAACCUACAAUUUUGCUCCAGGAUACUACGGUGCUGUUUAUCGCGGCGAUGCACAGAACGAAGCCAGCGACGCUUCCGACGGCGGGCAUGAAGACGCCGCUGCGUCUGAUACCUUGAACUACCAGGAAAACACCAAGUUCAAACUUCAAAAGAUGCGAUGGGGCCUCAUUCCAUUUUGGACGAAGCGGCAGCCUGAUUAUGGUUCUAUGAUGAGAACCAUCAACUGCCGCGAUGACUCACUGAUUGAGAAUAAGGGAAUGUGGACAUCCAUGAAGAAGAAGAAACGCUGUGUGAUUGUCUGUCAAGGAUUCUAUGAAUGGCUAAAGAAAGGCCCGAGUGGCAAAGAAAAGAUACCGCAUUAUACAAAGCGCAAAGAUGGCGAUUUGAUGUACUUUGCCGGGCUGUGGGAUUGCGUUCAGUACGAAGACUCUGAUGAGAAGCUCUACACAUAUAGCAUCAUCACAACGGAUUCAAAUCCGUAUCUGAAAUUCCUCCAUGACCGAAUGCCUGUAAUCCUAGAUCCGGGCAGCGAGAAAAUGAAAAAAUGGCUCGAUCCACAUCAAACAACGUGGACAAAGGAGCUACAAUCAAUUCUCAAACCAUAUGAAGGUGAUCUGGAAUGCUACCCUGUCUCGAAGGAGGUCGGCAAAGUUGGAAACAAUUCUCCCGACUAUAUAGUACCCGUCAACAGCAAGCAGAACAAAAACAACAUCGCCAAUUUCUUCGCCAAUGCCAGCGCAACGGAGAAGAAAAAGAAAAUUGAUCCAAAGACUGGACUCCAUAAUGAAGACUCGGCACUGGGAAGUGGAGCUAGAGAUGUCCAAAUAAAAAAUGACCUGCGAGAAACGGUAGACGAUGAAUGGACAGAGGACAAUGCCCCAAAACCAGUACUUCAGAAAGGAAAUGAUGAAAUACCGCCAAAAGGUGUCAAGAGGGAACGUUCUCCUGACGAUAAUACUGAUUUCACCACCAACACCAGCAGCAGCAAAAAGGCAGUGAAAAGGUCAGAAUUGACUACUCCUAGGAAAAGAGAGAAAUCGACCUCGCCCAUACAAACCCAACUUAUGAGCGGAAAGAAAAUGAAAAGUGCCGCAGAAAACAACACCAAUAUGUCCCCGAUGAAAAACAAGAGCCAUAAAAUGAGCAGACAUGUAAUUCCUAGUGACGGCUCACAGAAAAUUACAGAUUUCUUUAAGAAGUGA